AUGGCAUCGAAUAAAUGGCCUUGUUCAAAAAUUUGUUGGGUGUUACAAACAAGCUGUUCAUGGAAAAAAGGUGGGGCAUCAGAGAAAGACAUCUUAGUCAAUGCACAUGCUUUUUUUGAACAAGAUGAAGGUGCACCAUUCAAUCUUGAGUAUGCAUGGAGGCUUUUAAAAGAAGAACCUAAAUGGAUGGGAGCAUGCACCGAAAUUUUUUCAAAGAGAACAAAGAAUUCUAGUGGUGCAUACACGGCAUCACCAAAAUCAGAGACACCUUCAAGUUAUGAGUUUAACUCAUCAUCUCCAAUAGAGCGUCCAAUGGGACAAAAGGCGGAAAAACGAAAAGGUAAGGCAAAGGAAAAUACAAAUGCAAUUGAACCUCCUUCUAGUGUUAUUUCUGAUACAAUGAAUAAAAGAAUGGAUUUAAUGGAAAAUCUAGCACGGCUUAAGGAGGAAGAAAACAAAUUAGUCAAGGAAAAGAUGGAGUCUGAAGCACGACUUAAGGAGGAAGAAAACAAAUUAAUCAAGGAAAAGAUGGAGUUUGAAGCAAUGCAGUUCAUAAUGUCAGACACUUCUAAGAUGAAUGAUACUCAGCGUGAAUUUUAUGAAAACAUUGUAAUAACCUAA